CCUCCUUCCCUCCUUCUGUUCUCCAUACAGCCACACUCUCCAGUAAGAAGGCUUCGAGUUCAGCACCUGCACACUUGUCAAAAGAGGACAGAAGCGGCCAGUAAGGAGGACCAGGAGUUUUAAUUUUUUUUUAUUUAUUUUUUUAAGGACGAUAUCAUUCUUUGUGAGAACAGAACUAAGUAGACUUCAUGUGAGCAGCUUUUAUCUCCUGCGUUUGCUGCAAACCGGGCAGGUUUAGACGCUUUUCUGCAGCGUGGAGCGUUUAUUUGUGACCCUUUGCAACCAAAAAUAACAAGAUUUUCUUCUUAAAACUGACGAAGUCCAAAUGUGAGGAUUAUUAUUUUUUACUUCGAGCUAAUUUUAACUCCUUCAAUACCAAAUAUAGUCACCGGGGGAUUAUUUUGAAGUGGCCUGAUCCGGUGCGCUUUAUUAAGCUCUGCCCAAUACAGAGUGGGAGAAAACCCAGCGCCUCGCUGGACUGCAUGAUUUAUUAAGCUCAAUAAUUAAUAAUUAGUCUAGAUUUCUGGCGGUUGCUGCGUGUUUACUGAUUGUAGCACUGAAAUAGCCUGUUGCCUGUUGCCUGUCUUGUGGCUAUAUUUAAAGCACUGAUUGAUGUAAUCUAGAAAGCUAUUGGUGCUGGCUGAUAUACUUUUAUAGUAUAAUCUUACCUGUUCUACAUUUACACGUUUACCGUUUCACAAAAGUCAGUUUUUGUGUGGUAAAAAAAGAAGAAAAAAAUAAAAAGGCAUGUCUUGCCACACCGGUGCCUUAACGUGGUGGAAGACCUGGCUGGGCCUGCUCCUCCUGGGUGUGACCGCGGGGUGCCGUGAGCACGCCUCCCCGCCUCAGGAGCCCCCCAGCGCGGCUUCGCCCAGCUUCGCCUCCUACUUCACUGAAUGCCUGGACCCGGUUCUCGGCUACGUGGAGUCCGUGGUUGGCACCCAGGUCAUGAAGACAUGUGGUGAGAAAGCAGUAGGGUACCUUGAAUCAGUGUUUGGGCCAGACAACGUCAAAGCUAUUGCCAUGUUUGUGGAGAUGGUGCUCCGGUUUGUGGCGGAAGGCGCUGCCAGUGGACUGAAUGUCAUCGCUGUUUACGUGUCCGAGAUUCUCCGUGCAACCGGACUGGGAGAUCCAGUGUCCAUCCCACACUUCACUGCUGAGGGCGUGUCCUCGGUGGUCAAGUACGCAUUGCUGGGGGUGAUUGCUUACUGGCUGCUGUGUGCUGUGCUGCGUGUUGGCGUAGUGUUGCUAAGGCGAGUCUUCUGGCUCGUGAAAAGCAUCGUCGUCGUCUGGCUCUUCGUCCGGAUCAUCAGCGACCCGACCGCGGCGCCCGACACCACAGCAGUGCGGGUGUCAUUACUGGUCAUUUUCUGUGCUGUGGUGAGCGUGGCCUCCGGGAGCAUUAGUGGGACAAACUCGGCCUGCCUGGAGAGUCGGCUGAGCACCUUGGAAGGAAAAGUCAAAGUGAUGGAGAAGAGGAAAACGGAGUGAUGUGCGACUAAAUAAAAUAAGAGAUGGAGGAAAAGAGCUGAGGGUGGCGAUGUAAACAAUGGGACUUCAUAUACUGCAAUAAAACAAUAUUUUGGUGUGUUACUGUU